GUUCGCUUAAGUGAUCUUGCAAUCAGACAGUUGUUUUCAGUUCGAUUUGAUCGUUUCAGAGCUGCUGUUGUUUCCAAAAUUGUAUCGUCCAGUUCUUAUUUAUUUUUUAAUUAAAAAUUAACAGUUGUGCAUAAAAAGGAAAAUGAAUUACCUGAGAAAAAUACCUUUACGUAUGGUUGCUAACACAGUCCUGCGCCAGCAGCAAUGCAUGUCCAGCGGUACAGGUGCCAUGUCAGCACUCACUGUCCUCACUGAUGAUGAGCGCGUAAUGAAGGAGACCGUUGCCAAAUUGGCUCAAGAACAAAUCGCUCCACUUGUUAAAAAAAUGGACGAGGAACACAAAUUCGAUCCCUCAGUGGUGCAGGCGGUUUUCGAGAACGGUUUAAUGGGCAUUGAGGUUGAUCCAGAUUUGGGCGGCAGUGGUUGCAAUUUCUUGACCACCAUACUAGUUGUUGAAGAGCUGUCAAAGGUUGAUCCGGCCGUUGCUGCUUUAGUUGAUAUCCACAAUACUUUGGUUGUCUCUCUAAUGAUGAAAGUCGGCAGUGAGGAGCAGAAAAAGAAGUAUUUACCGAAGUUGGCGCAAGAAUAUCCUGGCAGCUUCGCUUUGACUGAGCCGGGUGCUGGUUCGGAUGCAUUCGGUUUGAAAACUGUUGCCAAAAAAGAUGGCAAUCACUACGUGAUUAACGGCACAAAAAUGUGGAUCUCCAAUUCCGAUGUGGCUGGCGUCUUCCUUGUAUUCGCUAACGCCAAACCAGAAGCGGGCUAUCGCGGCAUCACCGCAUUCAUUGUGGAUCGCGAUACACCCGGUCUAAUUGUGAAUAAGCCUGAAGACAAACUGGGCAUACGCGCAUCUGGCACAUGCAUGAUAACCUUCGAUAACGUACGUAUACCCGAAGAGAAUUUACUGGGUGAAUUCGGUCAUGGCUACAAAUAUGCUGCUGGUUUCUUAAAUGAGGGACGCAUCGGUAUUGGCGCACAAAUGGUGGGACUCGCGCAAGGUUGUUUCGAUCACACCAUACCGUAUCUCUUGGAGCGCAAGCAGUUCGGCAAGGAGAUCUAUGAGUUUCAAUCCAUGCAACAUCAAAUCGCCACGGUGGCUACCGAGAUUGAAGCGGCACGUUUGCUCACCUACAAUGCGGCACGUUUGCAGGAGCAGGGCAAGCCGUUCCUCAAAGAAGCCGCCAUGGCCAAGUUCUUCGCGUCAGAGGUGGCGCAACGUGCCACCAUCAAGUGUAUUGACUGGAUGGGUGGCGUCGGCUUCACGCGCGACUUCCCACAGGAGAAAUACUAUCGUGAUGUUAAGAUUGGCGCCAUCUAUGAAGGCACCACCAACAUGCAGUUGAGCACAAUCGCUAAAGUGAUCAAGAAGGAGUACGCCAAGUAAACUAGAAAAGAGAUGUGAGAAAUGAUGGCGUUACAACAGCUUGUUUGUUGUAUGCCAGUUAGAAGGCAGGUGCAAUAUCGUAACAGAAAUCUACAGUGCAUUUAUUAGUGUAUUGUUUGUGUGAUGCUGCAAGAUCAAAGUCAUGCGCUCAAUACCAGAUUAACUUGUAUAUAUGUACAUAUCAACAUAUACAUAUAUAUUAUUAUAUACGUAUGUAACGUUGAAAGCAAAUUUCUAAAACUAUUUUUAUACACCUUUCCCCAUUGUUAUAAGUUAAAUUUAUGUAGUCUGUAAAAUAUGUGCAUUUAUUACAUUUUAAAUAUACAAAUAUAAAUAAAAGAAAGAAAGUAAAUAAACAAAUUAUAAUGAAAAAGUUUUUAAUA